CUCAAUUUGGUAUAUGAUGGAGGAUUUAAACAUCAAGCCCAAAUUCAUGUAUGAACUGGACUGUGGUCUCCAGAUCAGCAGAUUUGACAAGAUAUAAAAUGAACAGACUACAGCUGCUGCAGCUGUUGGCUGUAGCUGUGACGGCUGUGUCCAGCUGCAAGUACUCCGACUGGAGCCAGAGUUUCGACAAUGGGGAUCUCUCGAAAUGUGACAGUUACAACAACGUGAUCCAGGGGUUCUACAGGAACUACCCCCGGGACGGGCGUGACGACAUCGCCCUGCUGGAGAAGGCUAUGUGCUGCAGCCCCCCCUCCCCCUGGUCGGGCUCCAGCACGCAGAUCUCGUACGCUGAUUGGCUGUACGUUCUGGACGGCACCAACACCUGGGCGACCUGCCCCAACGGCUUCUUUCUGAAUGGCCUGUACAGGAGUGGCGGGAACAAUGCCGGACUUCGUAGCAUUGAGUACGCCAGGUGCUCUAAGCCCAGCGACCAUCCGUCCUACUACGGACAAUGCUACGACCAAGACGUGAUGUCGUGUUUCGACGACAUGAAUCUGUGUCAGUGUAAAGAUGGGUACUACGUCACCGGGCUCUACAAGUCGAGCUGUGAACAGCUGCACUGUCUCGAGACACUCCGCUGUUGCCAGAUGGCCAAAGGACGUGAAGUCCUGGACGAGACGUACAAGGUGAAGAACCUAGUCAUGGACCUGUCCAUGUCGAGCAUUGCAAACCUCGCAAACAUGCUGGGGUACGGCUGGUGUGCCGGGUGUCUGGCGCCGUAUGUGGGCGAGGCUUUCAACCGUCAGGGCAACAAGUGGGUCUCUGAUAAAACCGGUACAUGUGAUGGGUACAUGAGUGACCAAAGGCUCGCCAUGGACUACAAGGACUGGGGGUUUGAGGUGAAGGAAAUCAAAUUCGGGAAACCUGUCAUAGAGGAGCUGACGCCGGAGUCUAUCGACAGCGGCACCAUGCACAACAACGACGCGACGGAAGCCACCAAGACCAUCACCCGCGAGCAGACGGUGACCCGCAGCGUCACCCACACGACAACCAGCGAAUGGAAAGACAGCCACGAGCUGGGCAUCACCGUGGGGUACACACCCCCCGCCAUCGGGGGCAUGAGCGCCGGGGUCACGUACACCUUCAACUACGAAACGUCCUCCUCUACCACAGAUGAAACCAAGAAGGAGCAGAGCAGCACUUUCUCCGUCACCACAAGCAAGGUUCUCAAGCCGUACAGCGCUGUCAAGUGGGACCUCAUCUUGUCUAAAACGAGAACCACCGUCCCUUACACCGCCACUAUACUCACCAAGUUCAGCACGGAGCUACAAGGGUUCCUUCGAUGGGGAGGCGGGGCCAGCCAUCCCGGCACUAACUACCACUACAAAUACCGAGGAAGCGGGGAUAGACCCACUUUUAACUACAGAUUCGGAGAUUCCUCCACGCCCUUCUACACGGCACUGAAGCGAGAGAGCGACACAAACUCUCUUCCUUGGCUGUGGAACGAUAUGGCCAACGCUUACUCCAGCGCUCGAAGUCUGAUCAAAUACUUGAGCAACGAGGACCUGUAUGUCUUCACGCUGACUGGAAAGUUUGAGGACGUGGUCGGCAAGAAUGUAGACGUGCGCUGGGACGAGAUCCCUAACGCCAGCCCGGGGCCGGACAAACAAGUAACAAAAACUGGGAGUUCUGUGGCGAGAGCAGGGCCCAGCGACAAGCCGACUAGCCCAGAACCUCCCAAGGUUGAAAUUAAACUACUAGAGGUGCCGCCGCUAGGGGAGAGAUAUGACAUGAAUUCAACCGUUGUCUAA